UUUAAAAAGAUGCUCUUUCCCUCCUCCCAACCUCCCAUGAGCUCUUUCUCAGUCUCUCUUGAAGUAAGUAACCACACAAAGACAGAGAGAGAGAGAUUUUCAGACACAUAUACACAGAUACAUACACCGUUACAUACACACACUAUGGAUUUGCAUGGAACCGAAUCAAGAACACAAGCUAUGUCCAGCGAUUGCGACGACGAUUACAUAGACAUGGAGGUCAACCUCUCCUCCUCCUCUUCUUCAAGAUUCAUCAGCUUCGCCGUCACAUCCUCUCCGCCGCACAGCAGAGAGUUCGAGUUCCAAAUGUGCUCCUCCGCCGCAGCUUCCGGCGAGUCCACCACAUCUCCGGCCGACGAGCUCUUCUACAAAGGUCAGCUCCUCCCUCUCCACCUCCCUCCUCGUCUCCAAAUGGUCCAAAAGCUCCUCGCCUCCUCCGCCGCCGUGGCAGUAUCCGCUCCCAUCUCCCCACGCGCCGCCGCAUCCGCAUCCUCGCCGAGGAGAUUCAGCAGCAGCGAGAUCGACGUCAGCGGGGGAAACGAGAACUGUUACAUCGAGAUUUCGACGGAGCUGAAGAGCAAAAAGAUCAAACAGUCGUCGAUCACUCAAAAGCUCAAAGCUUCACGCGCUUACAUAAGAUCUCUCUUCUCGAGACCAGGAUGCUCAGAUUCGUCGGAGAUCCACCCAAACCUCAAGAACUCCAAAUCGUCGAAAAAGAAGAACCCUCUUGUCAAAACAGAGUCUUUAAACAAGAACAAUCCUCCGUUGAUUCAUAGGAGAUCGUUCUCCGGUGUGAUGAUACAGAGACACUCUCAGCCAAAGUGUUCUGUUUCUUCGUCUUCUUCGUCUUCUUCCUCUUCUUCGGCGUCUUCGCUUUCGUCUUCGUUUAGUUUCGGAUCAAACGGGUCUUUGGAUCUGCAGACGCUGAUGAGAAGCAGCAACGCGUGGUCGGAGAUAGAUAACUCCAUCGAAGGAGCGAUUGAGCAUUGUAAGCAGUCGUUUACGGCGAGGAAGAGCAAUGUGGGUGAAUCUGAGAACUCUUCUUCGAGAACAUCUGUUUCUACUUGUGGCGAGAUUGAAAAAGGUUGAGACUUUUCAAGAAACGUGACGUUCUUUGGCUCUGAUUCUCAUUCCAAACAGAAAAAAGGACAUAGAAAGUUCAAAAAAGGGAACUUUUUUCUUAUACUCUGUUUUUUUUUUCCUUUUUGUAUUUUUAGAUUCUUUUGUGUGCUUUUUUUCUUUGUAGAAGUUUGCUGAAACUGAGGCUUUUUUUCUGUGUUAA